UGUGUGUGUGUGUGUGUGUGUGUGUGUGUGUGUGUGAGCGAUCACACUCCUAUGUCUACGUCCUGGGUGCGCUCUAAUAAUAGAGGAGGCCGCCCGCUCCUUUAAGACCUAGCUGUUGCAUUCUGCAGAGUAAAUUGCAACAAAAUGGUUAUCAAAGUAUUUCUCGCCUCUUCUUCGGGAUCCACUGCGAUCAAGAAGAAGCAGCAGGAUGUGGUCGGCUUCUUGGAGGCUCUUAAAGUGGACUACACACAGCUAGACAUUGCCUGCAAUGAGGAGAACCGCAUGUGGAUGAGGCAGAACGUUCCUGAGGACAAAAAGCCCUCUAACGGGAUCCCCCUGCCGCCUCAGAUCUUCAAUGAAGAGAGCUACUGUGGGGACUAUGACACAUUCUUCGAUGCCAAAGAGGAUAACUCGGUGUACUCCUUCCUGGGACUGCCUCCUCCUCCUGGGUCCAAGGAAGCAAUACAGGCUGACAAGGCACCUAUUGUGGAGAACGGAACACACGAGGAAGAAACAAAUGCAGAAGAGACUAAUGGGGAGGGAAACCUUGAUGAUGACUCACUAAGUAAGGAGGUUCCAGAGGAAGAGCGUAAUGGGGAUGCGCACGGAGAGGAUGAGGAGGAGCAGGCACAGGGAGCAGAGGAGGAGGAGCACAACGAAGGAGAGGAGGAGGUAGCGGAAGGAGAGACAGCGGGCGAUGAAGCCACAGAAGGAGAAACGGCGGGAGAGGAGGCGCCCGCAGAGGAGGAGGAGGAGGCAGUGGAGGAAACAGAGGAGGUCACAGAGGACACUAAGGCUCGUGAAGCGGAGGAAGAAGCCGAGGAAGAGGCAGAUGACGAUAAGGGAGAAGAUGAUCAGCCAUUUUCUGAGGAGGAAGAGGAUUUGCAGUCAGAGGAAGAAGAAGAGCUACGGCAGCUUGAGGAAGAAGAAGAGCCUGAAGUAGUAGAGGAGGAGGAAGAAGAGGUGGAAGAAACACAGGAAGAAGAAGCGGAGUAGUUAGAGCCAAGAGAGGUUGAUGAUGUGAUUUAAUACUCUCAAGCCUGGAGAGCCUCCCGUUCCAUCCCUGCCUGACCCCUGAUGCUCAACCCCUCAGCCCCCUCAGACUGCCCCCCCUCACACACACACACACACACACACACAUGCACACACACUUCUCACUUGAUCACACACUCCCCCCACACCCACCCCACUGAAAGCUGUCAGUCAUGCGCCGCAAGGCCCAUCCAUCACAGAAAAGACCCAACCCCCAUAUUACCCUUCUUCCCUUUUGAAUUUAACUUUGACCUGAUUUUUGUAUUUUGCAUGUAGGGAGAUGGAACUAGCCACAAUACACAACGUAGCAUAGUGGUUUCAUUUUGUUUUUGUUUUGUCUUUCAUAAGCAGCCUUUAUAAGAUUUACAUGCAUAGUUGUGUUGGAAAAAAAAAUCGGGCAUAUUUUGCCAUGUUUUACUACCAGAGAUAGUUUUAUAACACUGAUUGUAAAAGAAAAUGACCUUGUUGAAACUGAUACUUUAGUUUAAAGCUUGUACUUCUAUACUAUACUAUACAAUGCUAUUAGUUUCCAUGGUUUGUGAAUCAUACAUUUACCCGGUUUAUGACGAGUGAAUGAAUUAAUUCUUUGAUGAAACUGUCCCCAAUGUUGUGCCUUGAUGACUGCAAAACAUCCUUCAUCCAGCUGAUUGUAAGAAUGUAAUCCAAGGGCUCUUAUGGCCACAUGAGACAGAAUUGUGCACCUACUGUGACUGUGUUGGUAUCUGCUCUUCCACUGCUACUGUUACUUAUGCCGAUACUGCUGUCUAAUCAAUGCACUUUGUUGGAUGUAGAGCAAAAGAUGUGACUGAGAUGCAACUUAAAAUGGCAAUAAAGUAGAGUGGUACAAAAACA